AUGAAUAGAUGCUAUAAAGUUUAUCAUUUGUUCUUGGUACCAAGUGAUGGUGGCUAUCGACCACUCGGUAUUAAAGGCUCUGCUUGUUUUGAAACGUUAGAGAGAUACCCACCCAUUGAUAUUUAUACAUUCCCAACUCCUACAUUUGAACACUCUGACAGUAGCGUUUGGCUAGAUAAAGUGGUUCCCCUUCUUUACCUGCAAGUUCAAGAUGACACUGGUCGUGUUCAUAAUGAAACCUCUAUAACUGCUAAACUUCAACACCUUCCUGAUCAACAUAUUUACAGACUUACUAUUGAUCAUAAAAAAUAA